CUUGACUUGACUUGACUUGACUCGACUCGUUCUACCAUUGAUACUUUUGAUAUCGACAAUUUACAUACAAUUUAUAAAUAAAGCGAAGAUUAUACCAUAAAUACAAAUAACAAUCCAAUCCACAAAACACAACCCCCAAAUACUUCCAUCACAAAUCACAUUCCCAUCAAACAUGGCUCCCCACGCAGACACCCUGUCCACCACCAACGGUACCGGUAGCACACUUAAAGCCACCGCCCCCACCUUCUCUCCCGUAACCAGCAUCCCCGAAUCCAAAUACCAUUCCACCUCCACCGCCUCCGCCAUCCACGACGAACACGCCUACGCAGCUCACAACUACCAUCCGCUCCCCAUCGUUUUUGCCCGCGCCUCUGGAUCCUCCGUCUGGGACCCCGAGGGAAACCACUACAUCGAUUGUCUCUCUGCCUACUCCGCCGUCAACCAAGGCCAUUGUCAUCCGGAGCUCGUGGCGGCUCUGUGUGCGCAAGCUCAACGUCUAACGCUUUCCUCACGAGCAUUCCAUAACGAUGUCUUCCCUAAAUGGGCGGAGAAGAUUAAACAGGUUUUUGGCUAUGAUAUGGUUUUGCCAAUGAAUACGGGAGCUGAGGCGGUAGAGACGGCGAUCAAGAUUGCAAGGAAGUGGGCGUAUAAAGUCAAGGGCGUUGAGAAGGAUAAGGCGCUCAUUUUUGCGGCGGCGGAGAACUUUCAUGGAAGAACGAUGACCGCAAUUUCCAUGUCCGUCGAUCCUGAAUCUCGCGAUAACUAUGGUCCAUAUGUUCCAGGUGUCGGUGCUGAAUGCCCAACUACCAAGAGACAAAUCAGAUUCAACAAUGUAUCUGAUCUCGAAAUUGUUCUCGAAGCUCACGGAAAGAACACUGCUGCCUUUAUCGUCGAACCAAUUCAAGGAGAAGCUGGUGUUGUUGUCCCAGAUGAUGAUUACCUUGCAAAGGUUCAUGCUCUUUGCAAGAAGCACAAUGUCCUCUUGAUCUGUGAUGAGAUCCAAACUGGUAUUGGUAGAACUGGACGUAUGCUUUGCUCAGAAUGGUCUGGUAUUAAACCAGAUAUGGUUACUCUCGGAAAGGCCAUUUCUGGUGGAAUGUACCCAGUCUCUUGCGUGUUGAGUUCAAAAGAAGUUAUGCUUACUAUUGAACCUGGUACUCACGGUUCCACAUACGGAGGUAACCCAUUGGGUUGUGCAGUUUCCAUUCGUGCUUUGGAAAUCAUGGAAGAAGAAAAAUUGACUGAGAGAGCCGAAAAGUUGGGUCAUGUCUUAAGAAAGGGAUUGGAAGAUUUCAACAGUCCCAUGAUUAAGUUAGUUAGAGGAAAGGGUUUGUUGAACGCUAUUGUCAUUGAUGAGUCAAAGACUGGUGGUCACAGUGCUUGGGAUUUGUGUAUGUUGAUGAAGAGCAAGGGUUUACUUGCCAAACCAACCCACGAGAACAUCAUUCGUCUUGCACCACCUCUUGUUAUCAGUGAGGAAGAUAUUCACAAGGCUCUCGCCAUCAUCAAGGAAUCUAUUGAGGAACUACCAAAUCUCAAAGGCGAGAAGGAAGAUGCCGUUAUUCCUGCAGGCGAGAAGAAUGUCCACAUCCCAUUGGAAAAUUAAAAAAACUCCAAUUGUCAUUUAGUACACGCAUUUUUUUAUAUUUAUUUUUUUAAAGAGGUUUUGUUUCGUUUUUCGGAGAAGGGUUUUUACAAAAGCUUUUUGGGUAUCUACUGUUUUUACUUUUUCUUUUCUCAUUACAAAGAUGUUCUACGAUCUAAAAUGGCAUCGGCGAACGGGAGGGAAAAUGAUACAUAAACAUGACGUUUUGCGAGACUCUUCUUUCAUGAGUUGCAAUUACACCAGGAGUUUUUUGGGGGUAUCUACUGUUUUGGGCGACCAAAACAUGACGUUUUGCUUGACUUUAAGUCGCAAUUAUACCUAAAGGCAUUGGGAAGAAGGAGUUUUGAUUUUUGGAGGUAUCUACUGUUUUUCUUUUGCAAUUUACUUGACGAUUAAGCAUUGAAAUUCUUUUGAUACAAUGAAAUGCAAUGCAGUAUCGGGAAAAGUGAUUGGGUGGAAAACAUGACGGUUUGCUUGACGUUACGGAACUAUAAAGUUGAAGUCGCAAUCAUACCUAGAGAGCAAAGGCAUUUGGGAGGUUUUUUGUUGGGUGGGGGUAUCUACUGUUUUUUGAUCUAUCUAUCUACCUCCUACUUUCCUUUGGGCAAUGAAGAAGGAAGAGAUGGUUGGCUGAUGGAUGGAUGGACGGAAACAUGACGUUUUUGCUGGAUGCAACGCACCUUGUUAUUCUUGGGAUUCUUGGGAUGGGGUGGGUUGUGAGCAAGUAUACCUACCUACCUGUGUGAGGAGGUCUUUGGAUGAGGAGGGGUGAGGGGGAGAGUUUGUAUGUAUGGUAUUGGGAUAGGAUAGUUUGGCAUAGCAUAGCAUAGCAUAUCGAAGCAUAAAAUAUCCAAUUACCUCGAUAUGAGAAUGAUAAUC